GGCAGGUCCAGGGCUGACAGCACAGUAGUGACAGCAGUGUCAGGGGACAGGGGAACCUGGAGGGAACAGUACAGGGGAAUCAUUCCUGGAUUGAAGAAUGGGAGAGUCACCUCCAGCUCUGAUAGAUGUGCCUGCAGGAGCCCUGUGUAGCUCAGGGGCGGUGUUACCGCUGAUGUGCCAUCACAGUGGUUCCCAGGCAUGGUGUCAGAUCAUGAACACAUCACAGAGCCCAUCAUCUUUCCUCCACCUGCAGAACAUAAGCCAGUCGGACAAUGAGACUAACCUGAGCAUUGCUACUUUUAGGAACAAAUACAACCUUUACAUUGGUUUAAUGCUGGCGAUAAGCUCCAGUUUAUUUAUUGGGUCGAGUUUUAUUAUGAAGAAGAAAGGUCUUUUACGAUUGGCUGACAAAGGAGUCACCAGAGCAGGUCAGGGCGGAUUCUCGUACCUUAAGGAGUGGCUCUGGUGGGCUGGACUGCUGUCAAUGGGAGCAGGAGAAGCUGCCAACUUUGCUGCAUAUGCAUUUGCACCUGCUACUUUAGUGACGCCACUUGGUGCCUUGAGUGUCCUCAUCUGUGCCAUGUUAUCAUCAUAUUUCCUGAAUGAAAAGUUGAAUAUCCAUGGAAAGCUGGGUUGUCUCUUGUGUAUCUUGGGCUCCACCAUGAUGGUUAUACACGCUCCUCAGGAAGAAGAGGUGACAUCUCUUCAUGAUAUGGAGAUAAAACUAAGGGAUCCAGGGUUUAUUACAUAUGCUGUGACAGCAGUGGUGACAUCCUUUAUCCUUAUCUUUGUUGUUGCUCCAAAGAAAGGGCAAACCAACGUUCUAGUGUAUAUUGCUAUUUGUUCAAUCAUUGGUGCAUUCUCCGUAGCAUGUGUCAAGGGCUUGGGCAUCGCCAUUCAGGAGUUUAUUGAAAGGAAGCCUGUUUAUAAAGACCCCCUUUUUUUCAUCUUGUUGGCUUCAUUAAUACUGUCUAUCAGCACACAAAUCAAUUAUCUUAACAAAGCCUUGGACGUGUUCAAUACAUCCAUAGUGACCCCAAUAUACUAUGUCUUCUUUACCACCAUGGUGGUCACCUGCUCAGCCAUCUUAUUCAAGGAAUGGAACAGUAUGGAUAUCAGUGACAUGAUUGGGACCCUGAGUGGAUUCUUCACCAUUAUUGUUGGUAUUUUCCUUUUGCACGCCUUUAAGAACACCAACAUUACCUGGAGCCAGAUAACCUCUUCUGUCCGAAAAGAAAAGCAGAUGCCCUCAGAUGGACAAGAAGACCAACGCAGCCUACUUAGCAACGCAGACCACACUUUACUGGCAUUUGAAGAUGAUAAUAUUGUUCUCGGCAGAACUAACCAAUAAGUCCUACCAAGUACUAUAUAUGGCUAUAGAGUCUGCACUCUUUCCACAUUACUACUUCAUACUGAGCCUCAGUUCACGGGACCUUAUGUAGAUAUACAUAUAUAUUUUUAUAUGGAUUGAAAAUAACUUUUGGUAAAGUAUUCACAUAUAUAAUGGCUGGAUUUUACAAUCCAAGGUGCUUACAUUAAAAAUAAAAGUGGCCAUUUGGAUAUUGUUCCUGUAGUAAGGAACAUUGCUUGGAUACAUUGAAUGAGUGGUCUGACUUGUUCUAUGUGGAUCUAAUAGAUGGAUUCCCUCAAUGGGUAUUCCUUUCUGUUCUGAGCAUAAUGGACACUCAGGGGAGUCAGAAGGAAUCCUGUAAUAUAUGUUUUCCUUGCAGCAAGUGUUACUCAGAGGUUCACAGCAUUGAUACAAAACACUAAACAUAUCAUUAAAUGUCUUGUCAUUCCCUGUCUAUAUGGAUAAAUCAUUUUAUAGCCGGAGCAGUGUAUAGUUAUGUGAAACCUCCCUGUAUAUUGUUGGACGAUGCCAGUGGUUGCAUUGAUUUUGUUUUUAUGUCAACAGAUCAUGUACUCUGUACCCAAAGCUGAAUCAGUGACUUAUGGAAGGACUGUACAAAGGCCAUAUUUAUAGAAUAUUCAAUGUAUUAUACACAUGUUGUAAAUAUACUAUAUUUUGUAUAAUGGAUAAGCACCUAUAUGUAUGUGUUGCACUUAAAAUGUCUAAUGACAUA